GUGAACGUGAAGUCUCAAACACACACACACAUACACACAUGCAUGAACAUGCACACUGCUGCACCAGCAUCCUCCAAUCUCCAGGAUGGACCUUAAAUGACUUCUCUAUCUCUCUUUGGCUUCCUUUCAUACCUCCUUUGUAUCGUUCCAUCUUAGCUUUUCACAUUCUCUUCCUUUUAAGUAUCUUGACUAUUUCUGGUCCGUUAUCUCCUUCUCUUCCUCCCUCCUUUCUUUUUUCUUCUCUAUCUGCCUCGUCCGGAUGUCAGGAGCCUUUUUUUGUUGCGCGCUACACAUGAUCAGCUCAUCCACGCCUGCUUGAAUCCUCUAUCUGGGACAGUAGAGGAUAGAAGUGGAGACAGAAGAAUAAAAGUGUUGUCUGCAGGAGCAGAAACUCUGAUGCUGUCCUGACAAAAGGAACUAAAUAUAUGGGCUUUGGGUUGGUUUUACAGCAACAUGAUUGGCUGUGACGGCCUGAACAGCUGAGCUGCUUUAAUGGAGCAGGUCGAACCUGUGUUCCGUCCACCACCAGAACCCAAACCGCAUCAUGCGAUUCUCUGGAACCGCUUGCUUUUCUCAUCAGUCCUCCUCUUGCUGAUCGGUGCCUUAGCCGGGCCUUGUGAUGCCGGGCCGUCCCAGCCUGCCCGUCCUCCUCUCUUAUCUGGACAGCCUUUCAUCAUCUUCUGGGGAAUCCGGGACUCUUCCUGCUCCAGCCGAAUAGAUCUCAGCUCCUUCGGUAUGGAGCGAGACGGCCGUGUAGCCGUCUUCUAUGAAGGUGCACUGGGUAACUAUCCCUACUUUGUAGACAAAAACACUCCUGUCAACGGGGGGCUCCCACAGCACACACGUUUGGACAGCCACAUCCAGAAGACUCAGCAGGACUUGGAGGCAGCUUUGCCUGCACCCAGGUACCUCGGGCUGGGGGUGCUGCGCUGGACAGAGUGGGUUCCCCAGUGGUCCAGGAACCGAGAGAAGCAGGCAAUGUACCGAGAGGCAUCCAGGAACCUGAUGAAGACCUUCUUUCCUCGCUGGACACCAGAAGAACUGGAGAAGUGGUCUCGGGUGGACUUUGAGGCAGCAGCUCAGUCUGUGAUGGUGGAGACUCUACGGGAGGUCAAAAGGUCAAGACCCAAAGCAUUGUGGGGAUUCUCCACCUAUCCCACCUGCUUCAACAGGGACCCCACCCUAACUCAGCUAGCCAACUACACAGGCCAGUGCAAUCCUGCAGAGACGGCUCUGAACGAUGAGCUUGCGUGGCUAUGGAAAAGAAGCACUGCUCUCUACCCCCUCCUGACCCUGGAGAAGCUGCAGAGUGGGACGCCAACAGCCAGGCUGUGUUCAUCGGGUCAGUUAAAGGAAGCCCUACGCGUGGCCUCUCAGCCCAGAGCAGAGUUUGAUCUGCCCGUGUUUCCCCUGGUAAAGACCGUCUACCUCUCCACUAGGACUUUCCUAUCCCCGGCUGACCUGGUCAACACUAUAGGAGAAAGUGCUGCCAUGGGAGGAGCAGGAGUCAUCAUCUGGGACAAAAGUGAGACUAAGACGGAGAGAGAGUGCCAAGACCUGGCAGAGUUUGUUCGUAAAGUUCUGGGACCUUACUCCCUCAAUGUUACCACGGCAACUCAGCUCUGCUCAUCCUCCCUUUGCCAGGGAAAGGGUCGAUGUGUUCGUCAAGAUCCAGACAGCUCCUCUUAUCUCCAUCUCCCACCCCAAUCCACGACAGAAGAGAAGGUGGCAGAAAAGAUGGAUGCUGCAGAGGCCACCGACCAGCCAGAUGUGGGCAGUAAAACAUCUGAACCAGACCCAGCAGAGGUCUGGAAAAAAGACUUUACGUGUCAGUGGUACAAGAACGCAGACAGGGACGUCUCUGACCGGCAGCCGCUCAAAGACGGAGCGCCUUUUGGAGGAAACACUGAAGAUGUGACGGAGACAACUGAUUCUGCAACCAAAAGUGCCUCUGAGACCACAUUUGCAGAAAGUGAUUCACCCGUUGACAGAAGUCCAACAACAUCACUGGAUUUACAGUCUGACAGUGGCGCCGAUCCACUGAGAGCUCCAGGCGUGCACCUUCUGCUGCUGGUGGCUGUAAGCUUCUACCUGGGACCUUCAACUGAAAACUAAACGCAGACUUUACUGGGGAGGUUUAUGAUGGAGCUGCGAGUGUAAACGCCACUCAAGUGUCCUUUAAAUACCCUCAAAACUUCUGAUUGUUUCUUUGUAGCGGAGUAUUUUAUUAAAACAUUAUUUUCAAAGAAAUGUUGUUCAUAGCUGGAGUUGCAAACCCGUUGUUAGAUGUGCCAAACAUAACAACAAAUAAAAUAAAGAUCAGGGCUAAAAUACCAAUUUUAAUAAAGAAAAAAGACUAAAUCCACAAAACACCACUGAAUUGGUUUUAUUUGCAUUCUUUUGUAAUUUAAGUGAAUUGAAAUUAAUUUUGACCCCAAAAAAACUGUAUACUAAAACUUUCAGCAUGCAAAAUAUUCCUAUAUUUAUUUGUUGUUGCUUUUUGUCUUUUAUUGUCGUGUUUCGGGUUACAAGGAUCAUGUCGUCACAUGCAAAGAGUUGCACAACCACACACACACACACACACACACACACACACACA